AUGCUUUGGUUGCUCUACAUUGCAGCUGUGCUUAUCUCCGCAUCGUCUGCGUCGGAGGGAGACGGGGCCUGUGAGAACGGGCUUGGAGAUGACGAAGCUCAGGCAGUGCUCAAGCUGAUCAAUGAAGCACGUUCAAGUCUGGCCAAAGGAGAACUCGAGGGAAACGGAGAUUAUUUCACGGCAGCUAAGAACAUGAACAAACUGGCUUGGAGCUGCGAACUUGAGUCACAUGCAGCGAAACUGAUUGGUUUUUGCAAUAUGCCGCUUCCUUCUGAUAUCCCAGCUAUCGCAGAUGGUCUCGGCUGGAGUCACGUGUGGGAAGAUCACGAACCGGGAGACCCUGCUAUAGAAAUUGUGGACAUGGUUCAGUCGAUACUUAAUCUUAAAUUAAUUACGGAUCCUAGGGGUCUGAGCAAUUACUCAGACAAUGGUGCACCAUCCUUUCCUAACUUGAUGCAAGCUGCAGCUACGAAAUUGGGCUGCACAAUCCAGCAUUGUCCACCAUUAUAUGAUGACUAUGAUGAGUCUGCCAGUGUAUUAUGUCUAACGGACCGAACAUUGACGGACGGCUCUGAAGUUUAUACAGAAGGGAGUGCUGAUGACUGCGAAUGCUCAGGAGAUCGUGUUUGUAAUCCUGUCACUAUGAUGUGUGAGGUGCCUACCGCGACUUCUACUACAAGCACUACAAUCACCACUACACCCACUGCGACCUCUACUACUAUGGCUAUAAAACCUUCUAGUAACGCAGUGUCACCUUUCUCUACAAGAGAAGCACAAUCGAAUAUAAUACAGUCCACUAGUCCACAAUCCUCUACAAGUUCGCCAUGUGCUACUGCAUCUACGAAAAGGACAAAAUCAACAAUGCAGUGCAUCACAACGCCACGUUGUGCCACCUAUCCUCCGCAGGCAAAGUCAAGGAAAGCGAGAGCUGCAAAUUUUGGAGAGACAUUUUCUGGAAAACUAAAAAGGCACAUGUCACAGAAGAUGAUGAAAAAGAUAGACACCGUUGGUGGCCGUCGCGAUUGGGGUGGUUCAGAAGGGCCUACACCCGGUGGCCUGUUCUCCAGCUACCGAUUGUGCUGCGUCCAAGGCUCCGAAGAAGGCGUAGAUGGCCGCAACGUCGACGUCAGCCAAUAA